AUGCGCUAUCCGCUGAUAUGCCUCAUCUCGCUAAUUCUUCAACCAUCGUCGAUUCAUCCGAAGAUCUGCAAGAAGGCGCGCGCGUUCGCCGCCGGCACUCGAAGCGGCAACGGAAUCGACGUCGAUUUUUCGGAUCGCACACAAAGAAAACCACUUCAAAAAGUCUAUUUUUUGCCGAGUCUGAGCGCGUUCGAGAAGAAGGUGCUUCGCGACGCGUUCAGACAAAUCGGGCGGCGGACGUGCGUCAAAUUCGAGGAGCAGCCCUACAAACCGUGGUACCACGCCGAUCGUUGGGAUGCGAGCAGUCCGCACGUGCUCAUUCGCAAGUCGGCGAAAUUCGCCGCCUACUCGGACGCCGUUGUUGAGGGAUUGGUGGAUCGCACGAUUCUCUACGUUGCGCAAUCAUCGUUCGUCAAGAGCAACUUCAACCAUUCGCGCGGUCUCGUCAUGGACCAACUCGUGCGAUUCAUGGGAAUGCAGCGAGAGCUCUACCGUCCGGACGCCGUCUCCUACAUUCAAGCGAUUAAGGGCGGUAUUCCGAAUCUCGGCACUCCCGAAUACAAUCCCAUCCAGCUGACGUGGCCGUUCGAUCCGGAGAGCAUCACCGUGCCGUUGUGGGCGCGUGACAAAUUCAAAUUGUCACCGUAUUGUCCGGCGCGCAACGACGCGGACCUCGGCGCCGGCCAACGCGUCGGCCUACUCACCAAAUGGGACACCAUCAAACUCAACAGCAUGUAUUGUCCGGAGAAGGUGCGCGACGCGGACGCCUCGCGCGGACCAUGCGUCGUCCCGCGCGAGAAGGACCUCGACUCAUUCAAACGACGCCUAUGGGCCUAUAAAAAGCUAUUAGCCAAGACGACGAAGAAUCGCAAUUUUCUCUAA